GUGGGCUGUAAUACAUGUCGACCUGCUAUCCACUGCGGAAGCUGCCUUCUCACUGCUGCCCCCUGACACUCUCAAGAAGAUUUGGGUGAUCGGUGGCGCUGCUGGAACGUCAGCCAUCGACGAUUUGGCGGCCCACGAUCCUUUGCCACCCGUGACCCAGAAUGAUGACGUGGACCCGGCCUCGACUGUGUGUCAAAUCCCUUUCUCCUCCGGUACAACUGGCCUACGCAAGGGAGUGAUGACCUCGCACCGCAGUGAAGUCUCCAGAAUGAUGAUGAUCAAGCACUUGGCGAACCACAAGCAGUGGCUCGGUCAGCCCGAAGACUACUCCACUUGUAUGCUGGUGACUUCCCUGAGCCACGCUUACGCACACAUGUUUAUCUUCGCUACUUUAAUGCUUGGCGGGACAUCUGUCAUUGCGCGUCAUUCAGACAAUCUGUUGGAAAUGAUAAAUGAACAUAAGGUGACGCUUGCUGUCUUGCUUCCAUAUCACCUUAAAAUGAUGAUAAACUCAGCCGCGUCGCAUGACAGCAAACCUACAUCUCUGAAGGCCGUCACCACAGCCGCGGCCCCCCUUGCUGCUUCCGUUGCUGAAGCCUUCAGACAGAAUAUGGACGUGUCCGUGUACAACAUGUGGGGCAUGACGGAGGUUACAAGCAUCUCGACUAUGUGCCUCGUAACAUCGGACUACAAACAGUGUUGUAUUGGGAAAAUAGUACCAUUUUUCGAACUUAAGGUGGAGGACGUGAAAACCAAGCAUAUGCUACCUCCGGGGCAGUCUGGUGAAUUCUGGAUUCGGAGCCCGAUGACCCUGCUGGGCUACGUAGACAACCCUGCUGCUACUGCCGAGAUAAAGGAUGACGACGGCUGGAUUCAUACCGGUGACUAUGGCCACUAUGACAACCAGGGAUUCAUUUACCUAACAGACAGAAUUAAGGACCUGAUAAAGGGCUUGAGGAAUGAGAAUGUGCUGCCGUCUGAAUUAGAGAAUUUGUUGCUGCAACAUCCGCAUGUGGCCGAAGCUGUUGUGGUGGGAAUGUAUGGCGACGAUUUAGAAGAGUUGCCGAGAGCGUUCGUGGUGCUGAAGCCUGAUACCCCGAUGGAACCUUGUGUGUUGCUGAAGUUUGUGAAUGAUCGUGUUCCCGACUACAAACAACUGAGCGGCGGUAUAUGGGUUGUGAAAGACAUCCCUAAAAACAGCAGCAGCAAACCUCUGCGGGGACUCCUGAGGGACGGCAACAUUACCCGGCUCAAAAAAUCCUAAUAGCGAAUCGUGAUAAACUAAAAUAAUACAUAUUAUUUUUUUUUUAUUAUGGUUAUUAUUAUUCGUACCACAAUCUUCUUUCUUAUCAAUAUAUUAUUUUACAGUAUUGGUAGCAGCUCAAGGGCAAAAACAAACAAAACGUGUAGACAGUGUAGAAAGGUCAUUUUCUGAUGGAAAAGUGUCUCUAUACGGAGGAAGGUUGUUCCAAAGUUUACCAUUAUAAGCGAUGUGAGAAUAAAAAUGCUGAUUAACUCUUGCAUAAUGAACUUGGACAAUAUAGGGAUAUGCUGGAUUAGAAUGUUGUUUGCAGCGAGGCCGUGGGAAGGGUUGAGUCUUGUACUUAGCAAACUCAGCAGAGCAGUCAGCAUGAAAAUAAUGAUAGAAGAGAGGCAACACUGCGGGGAAUAUACGAGAUAGAAGACUGUCAGGAAGGGGAGGGGGCUUGAUAAGACGAAAAGACUUUACUCUGUCUAAAGCGCCUGUGUGUGUGGAGCCCCCUCCCCUCCUUAAACAUUAGAUAUAUAUUCCGUACGAGGGCGGACAAGGCCCUUGUAUAAAAUUAUGGACAGCAUCUGUGUUAUAAUGAAUCUAAGAGAUUUCAUUAUUGUUAAAAUCAUAAUUUUUAUUGAUACCAUUAUCACAAGGAGAUCCUUACGUCACGAGGCCUACCUAAUAGUCGGUUCGGGGUGUUAACGAUUUGCUGAACAGAUAGUGGUAAAUAGCGGAACGAAGAGCAAGAACAGUGUGGCGUAUAGCAAGUACCGUGCAGCGGGUGGCGCUGAGGCCUAUUAUGGCAAGGACUUUUAGUCCCGUGGCUGAAAGGCAAGAUAAUACUUUUGUUAUUUUUGGCAUACCGAAUGGUUCAGCAAUAUAUGCAGCUACAGGAAAAACAAGAGUGAAUAGUGACAAGAAGGUGUUCAUAAAUUACCAUGCUUUCAAACCAUGCCUAUAAACGCUCCUGUCAAUAAUAACAAAAUGUGUUCUAAAGACUGAACCUCCUGCUCCUCUACUCCACCAUUCCUAAUUAUAAAGAAGCGAUACACUAUGCUCAUCAAGUGACGAUAGGAAAGGAUGCUGUGUGCUAUGUUUGUCACAAGCCAGUGUGUGGCAAGCACUCAAUAGCUGUUUGCCACAUGUGUUUGUUGAGUUAGUACUCGGAAAGUGAAGGAUAAGAUAUGCAAUUUUAUUUGAAUUACUAAUGUGAAAUAAUUCCAGCAUUUCUGAAGGUAGGAAGACACCUAACGAAAAGGGCGCAAGCCACUCCCGGUGAGGUAUAUAUAGAAAGUGAGGAGGGUGCUGAAGCCCUCCAAAGACCCUUCCCAUGUCCUCACUAACUGUUUCCCUAUCGUCUCAUCAACACCAGAGUUGUUCAGCAUGCUCUCUAAAGACAUAUCCUUUCUCUAUCCACACCACACUACAUUCACAAAACAUACACACCUUUUCCCAAAAUUCAAAAUUCUAUAUGGCGUACAACAGAAAUGCCUCGGAGUCCCCGCCUGGGGGGAACCACAAACUCCCCCAGGGAGGACUCCCUUUCUGGCUGCCGACUUGAGAGGUGUCUUGAUAACUCCUCGAACCUCUUCCUUAUCAAUUUCUGCAACAAUCGCGGUCUUCGUUCUAAUUUUCAUUCUGUGGAACACCCUCUCUCCUCCUCUAAACCUCACCUUCUCUUCCUCACCGAAACACAGGUUUCUGAGGUUACUGACAGUAAUCUCUACUAUUUUCCCUCCUACUAUCUCUAUCCUAAAUUUCAAUCCAAAGCUGGAUGUUGUUUCUACGUGCGCAACGACAUCACUUGUUCUCGUGCCUACGACCUUGACUCUUCAGGAUUUUCCACCAUCUGGUUAAAACGGCAUUGUCAUUUUAUUACAAAAUACAUCUCUGCUGUUUAUCUCUCGCCUAACUCUAUUAACUAUGUAAAAUUCUUUAACUACUUGAACUCUAAAGUGGGGCACAUCUUGACCCACUCUCCCUUCGCUGAAAUCUCCAUCUUGGGAGAUUCCAAUGCUCACCACCAGCUUUGGCUUUCAUCCUCUUCCACUGACCAGUCUGGUGAACAAGCCUACAACUUUGCUGUGCUCAACGACCUAGAGCAGUUGGUUCAACACCCUACACGUAUUCCCGACCAUCUUGGAGACAGGCCCAACAUACUAGACCUCUUCUUUACCUCUAACUCUUCUGCUUACUCUGUCAAAGUGUGCUCUCCGUUGGGCUCCUCCUAUCACAACCUUAUUUAUCUAUCCUGUCCUAUCGCUCCUGUACAUCCUCUGGACUCACCGAAGAAGCGAUGCUUUUAUCAUUUAGCUUCAGUUCGGUGGGACGACCUGAGGGUGUACUUUUCCGAUUUCCCGUGGAAUGAUUACUGCUUCCAGGAGACAGAUCACUCUAUGUGUCACAGUACAUCACAGAGGUGAUUAUCUCUGGAAUGGAGGGACACAUUCCACAUACUUUCUCUAUUCCUCAUGCUAAACAACCUUGGUUUAAUCAUGCUUGUUAUCGUGCUAUCAAAAGUAGAGAGGCAGCUCACAAAAGGUACCAGAGCCUUCGCACUCCUGCUAACCAUGAUCUUUAUAUUUCUGCCCGGAAUCGUGCCAAAUAUAUUCUUCGACUUACCAAAAACUCUUUCAUAAAUAGAAAAUGUCAAAACUUUGCUUAUUUUCUAAUUCUUCCUGUGACUUCUGGCACUUAGCCAAAAAUAUCUCCUCCAAUUUAAUUUCUUCAUCUUUCCCUCCUCUCCUUAACCCUGAAGGUAUCACCGCCGUUUCAUCUAUCUCUAAGGCUGAACUUUUCUCUCAAUCCUCUCUUCUCUGACCUCUUCUCUUGUGUAGGCGGUUGCUGAGUGGUAGCGUGCUGGGCCCACAUUCACCGCGUGAUGGACGUCGCGGGUUCGAAUCCCCACACUACCACCUCGGAUUUUUCAGUUACUGCCGAGUGGCUUAAAACUACCUACACGCUAUCCUGAAGACCACCCAUCAACCCGGACUCCAGAGGAAACCAUCCAUGUGAAUCAAGAACGAGUUCCGGGGGGCAGCAUGAGCCAAGAGAAGAUGGCGCCACUAUAAACACUUGCCUGUGCCAUGACGGACUGGGGCCGACUACCAUCUAAGCCCCUCACGUAAGGCCUACAUGCCGUAACAACUCCACUCUGGACGAUUCUGGGCAUAUUCCUCCCACUCAUCCCCCCUCUGACUUUUUUAUGCCUGUUAUGAAGAUCCUUCGGAAUGAUGUUUUCUAUGCCCUCUCUGAAGGGCUUAUGGGCCUGAUGGAGUGCGUCUUAUUAUCCUUAAAAAUUGUGCCUCCGUGAUGACACCCUGCCUGGUCAAACUCUUUCGCCUCUGCCUGUCAACAUCUACCUUUCCUUCCUGCUGGAAGUACGCCUUCGUACAGCUUGUGCCUAAGAGGGGUGACCGCUCCAAUCUUUCAAACUAUAGCCCUUUUGCUUUAAUUUCCUGUCUAUCUAAAACUUUUGAAUCAAUCCUAAAACGGAAGAUUCAAAAGCAACUUUCUACUCCUGACCUUAUAUCUGAUCGCCAGUAUGGGUUCCCCAAGGGGCGUUCUACUUCUUGCUCUCUUAACUGAUUCUUCGUCAUCCUUUCUUGGCCGUUUCGGUGAAACUUUCGCAUUUGUGCUAAACAUUAUCGAACCCCUUCGAUAGAGUCUGCUACAAGUCUUUGCUUUCUAAACUGCACUCUUAUGGUUUAUUUCCUUCUCUCUGUUCCUUUACAUUCAGCCUCCUUUCUGGCCGUUCUAUAUCUGCGGUGGUAGACGGUCACUGUUCUUCUCCAAAACCUAUCAACAGUGGUGUGCCACAGGCCUCUGUCCUAUCACCCACUCUCUGUUAUUCAUCAAUGAUCUUCUUUCCGUAACAAACUGUCCUAUCCACUCAUACGCUGACGACUCCAUUCUGCAUUAUUCAACUUCUUUCAACAGAAGGUCCUCUCAACAGGAAUUACAUGACUCCAGAUUGAAGGCUGCAGAGCGCUUAACCUCAGACCUUGCUGUUAUUUCCGAUUGGGGUAAAAGGAACCUUGUGUCCUUCAAUGCCUCAAAAACUUCUCCACCUAUCAACUCGACACAAUCUUCCCCUAUUCUUCGACAACACUCAACUGUCACCUUCUUCAACACUAAAUAUUCUUGGUCUAUCCUUAGCUCAAAAGCUCAACUGGAAACUUCGCAUUUCCUCUCUCACUACAUUAGCUUCCUCGAGGUUGGGCGUUCUGUAUCGUCUCCGCCAGUUCUUCUCCUCUGCACAGUUGCUAUCCAUUUACAGGGGCCUUGUCCGCCCUCGUAUGGAGUAUGCAUCUCACCUGUGGGGGGGCCUCACUCACACACCUCUUUUGGACAGAGUGGAGUAUAAGGCUCUUCCUCUCAUCAGCUCUUCUCCUCUUACUGAUAGUCUUCUACCUCUUAAAUUCCGCCGCCAUGUUGCCUCUCUCUUUCUUCUAUCGUUAUUUUCACGCUGACUGCUCUUCUGAACUUGCUAACUGCAUGCCUCCCCCCUCCCGCGGCCCCGCUGCACACGGCUUUCUACUCUUGCUCAUCCCUAUACUAUCCAGACCCCUUAUGCAAGAGUUAACCAGCAUCUUCACUCUUUCAUCCCCUACACUGGUAAACUCUGGAACAGCCUUCCUUAGUCUGUAUUUCCUCCUGCCUAUGACUUGACCUCUUUCAAGAAUCUUGAGAGUGUAUCAAAACACCUCUCCACCCGAAAUUGACCUCGCUUUUGGCUACUCUACUAUUUUAUGUUUUUGGGAGUGGCAAGUAGCGGGGUUUUUUUAUUAUACUGUUUUUGUUGCCCUUGAGCCGGCACUUUUGUUGUAAAAAAAAAAAUAAUGUUUAUUUCUAAGCCAUAGGUUUCUUUAUAUGCAAUUUUUCACCUUUUUUGAGCCUGGUCUCCUAAACGCAGGAUUAACCGAAGUAAACAUCUGCCAAAUUUGAGCCCCUCAGCAGAAGCAACAAAUGGGCAAAUAAUUAUGUAUCCUUAAAUGAAGUUAUUGAAUCAACUCUCCUGAAAAAAAAGAAAGGAUGAUAAUCUAUUUAUGUCAAACCGCUUCCACAGAGAGGGUGCAUAUAUAUACGCAAUAUAUUUUUUCAAACUCUUGAAAUAAAUAGUUAAUUUUGAACAACAAAUAUCAAAAGUUUUCCUCCCUAUUCUUAUACCGUACCUUAAAUGUAUUAUUGAUUAGUAAUAUGUCAGCAGAAAUAACAAACUUGUAUAUUUCAGUUACUUUGUACUUUUCUUGAGUUGGAUUUCACGGACCCAAGAUGGCCUACUUUGUAGCAUGAAACUAUGUUUAAUCUUUCAGGGUAAUGUGAAACUAGUUUUAAAUAAACUGAUUUCGAAACA